AUGGUAGUUAAAGCUAUUGCUCGAAACUCCAUAGGGCGCAACGGGGUUGGAGCGUUUGUGUUUCCAUGCAAGAAGAUCACUUUACAGUACUGCAACUGGGGAGGAUCUUCGGAAGGGAUGAGAACGUUUUUGACUUCAAAGAGGUUGGACAAAUGGGGCCAGGAGUUUCCGUGGAUACAAUUUGAAGUGUUAAGGAAGUCUGGACACCCGCUGGUGAGAGCAGAAUAUGUGAACGGCCGUGAGAAAGUCGUUUGUGUGAGGAACUUGAAUAUCGAUAAUGUAGAAAACAAGUUGAAACUAUUGAAGGACUCCGAUGGAGAUCUUUUGCGUAGAAGAACAAAAAAUGACAACGUGGAAAGCCUGAAUGGCAGUGUGAGGGGUAUAUGGUCACCUCUACAUGCAGCCAAAAGGCAUAGGGUUUAG